AUGAGCCCUCGCACGACGAUGGUAGGACCUCCUGGAGCUCCCUGUGAGUUGCCACCGGAAGUGCAGGAGUGCUGCAGCCGCUUUGAAACUUUUUACCUGGCAAAGCACACAGGUCGAAAGCUCUUUUGGCAGCCACAGAACGGUUUCGCCGACAUCAAGGCUCAGAUGCCAAAGACCAAGCAUGAAUUGAACGUCACAACUUAUCAGAUGUGCAUCUUGAUGCUCUUCAACCAGCAGACCACCUGGACCUAUCAGGACCUGGCGGUGCGCACCAACAUUCCCUUGGAGGAGUUGAAACGCCAUUUGAUGAGCCUCUACGUCAACCCCAAGGCCAAAAUCCUGGUGAAGCUGGGGGACUCCGAGAAGAAGGAGCCGGAGGAGAGCGACCAGUUUACAGUGAAUCCUCAGUUCGAGAGCAAGCUGGUGCGAAUCAAGGUUCCCCUCGUGCAGCUGAAGAGCUCGGAGACGCCGGCGGCUGGUCGGGAGGGCGAAAGUGGUGCGGUCGGAAGCAGUGAUGUUCCCGCAACUGUUGAAGAGGAUCGGAAACAUUUGGUGGAGGCGGUGGUGGUUCGCGUCAUGAAGAGUCGCAAAACACUGGAGCAUAAUCAGCUGGUUAUGGAGGUGACGCGUCAUUUGACAUCCCGGUUCCAGCCCUCGCCGACCCUCAUCAAGCAGCGGAUUGAGAAGCUCAUUGAGAGGGAGUACUUGGAAAGAUCGCAAGGAGACAGGAGAGUCUACAAUUACUUGGCCUAGCUACCUGAGGCUCUUGAAGAAAAGUGGCGCAGUUCUGAUGGCUAAGCACUACUUGGAAC